ACUCAACCAAGUUUUCGUUUUGUUGUGGUUUUGUUCUCGAAACCUAGAGAUAAUUAAAUCAUCGAAGGAAAUCUUAACGUAAUUUUCCAACAGAAACUGCGUAAGCUCGCAGUAGUUAGUGUUGAAAUUUAGAGCAUAUUAGCAAAGAUAAUAGCUUUCUAUUUCUAAGAUGGGUGCAGUUCUUGGAGCCUUGACUGUAGGGCAGUUAGCUUGCUGUUGUGGAAGUGCAGCUUGUAGCUUGUGUUGCUCAGCAUGUCCAUCAUGCAAAAAUUCAACUUCUACUCGCAUCAUGUAUGCUUUGAUGCUUCUUCUGACUACUGUAGUAUCCUGCAUUAUGUUAAGUCCUGAAAUAGAAAAGAAAUUAAAAAGUUUGCCAUUUUGUGACGAGAAAUGUGAUAGUGCUGUUGGAUAUCUGGCAGUUUAUCGCCUAAUAUUUGCUUUGACAUUGUUCUUUCUGCUGUUCUCUGCUUUAAUGAUUGGGGUCAAAUCAUCAAGAGAUGCCCGAGCUGGUAUACAAAAUGGGUUUUGGGGAAUAAAAUAUCUAAUAUUAAUUGGUGGAAUGGUGGGUGCAUUCUUCAUACCUGAACAAGCUACUUUUGGAUCAGUUUGGAUGUAUUUUGGCAUGAUUGGUGGCUUCCUUUUCAUUCUUAUUCAGCUCAUACUGAUCAUCGACUUUGCCCAUAGUUGGACAGAGCGAUGGCUGGAAAAUUAUGAAGAGACGCAGUCCAAGGGGUGGUAUUGUGCUCUAAUCUUCUUUACUCUUCUUCAUUAUGUACUUGCAAUUGCUGCAACAGCAUUGCUAUUUGUGUACUACGCAUCAGAUCCAGCAGGCUGUGGUGUGCAGAAAUUCUUUAUCAGCUUCAACCUUAUAUCCUGCAUAAUCUUGUCGGUUAUAUCUGUUUUGCCGAAAGUUCAAGAUGCUUUACCUAAAUCUGGACUUCUUCAGUCAUCUGUUGUUACAUUGUAUGUCAUGUAUUUGACAUGGUCUGCCUUGAAUAACUCUCAGGAUUGCAGACCUUCAUUUCUUCAGAAGUCUCAUACUUUUGAUGCCCAAAGCAUUGUGACAUUACUUAUCUGGUUUGUUUGCGUUCUUUAUUCCAGCAUCCGAACAGCUAGCAAUUCUCAAGUUAGUAAGCUGACUAUGUCUGAAAAAAUUCUUGUUCAAGAUGGAGAUUCAGGAGAUUUUGGAAAAGGAGAUGCAGAAUCUGGUAAAGCCUGGGAUAAUGAAGAUUCGGAGGUUGUAUACAGUUGGUCAUUUUUCCACUUUAUGUUUGCUUUGGCUUCAUUGUAUGUGAUGAUGACACUCACCAACUGGUAUGAUCCACUGACUUCCAUGCACGAUCAACAGGCUGCUAGCAAUACAGCAUCCAUGUGGGUAAAAAUAAUAUCAAGUUGGCUCUGCAUUCUCCUCUAUCUUUGGUCUCUUAUUGCACCGAUUGUUUUGAAAGAUCGCGAUUUCAGCUAAAAAGUUCAGAUUUUUCAAAAAUGUUCAGUGUUAUAUCCCAUUAAAAUAUUGAUGGUAUAGCUUUACUGUUUUGUACAAUAUGUGAUUUUCGUAGUUCAGUAUAUACUACACAUCAAAAUAGCUGAUACAGGAUCAAGAUAAAAACUAUGCUUUUUGUGGAAUUAAUUUGUUUAUAAUUUCUUAUUUAUAAUUGCAUGUAGCAGACCAUAUAUAAGAUAGUUGCAUGGGUUAUUUAUUUUGUGUACUUUAGUCAUUCAAAACUUGGUUAUGUAUAUAGUAUUCUAAAGCACUUGUAAAUAUUUUUGAUUCUUAUCUGUAAUGUACUUGUAAUAUUUACUUAAAUUACUAAAAGUACUUUACAUAUUUUGUUUCCAUAGCCUAGAUAUUAUAUUAACAGUGCAAUUUUAUUUUUGUCCUUUGAAUUAUUUUAAAUCUUUGUAUAUUUGCUUUAUUUUUUUUUUUAAUUAUGUGGAAACAUAUUUUGUUCCUCAGAAGAAAAAAUUUUAUACUAAUACCCCUCCCCCUCCUUUUGUAAAAAUGAGAACCAUUACUUAAAAUUCUUUCUAAAACAGCGCUGUAGUAUUGGAACUGGAAUGUGACGUUCAACUAUACUUAAAGCUGAUCUUUUAAAAAAGCAGUGCAUUUAACCUUAAAAAUGUAUUGUUUUAAAACAUUUUGUUGCAUACAUAAAGCAGCUUUAUUCUAAUUCGUUUCCCAUAGAAGUGUUAUAUGUUGUAGUAGGACUGAUUCAUGUGUACUUUAAGUAGUCAUUACUUCUGGAUGUAAUUAAAAUCAUUUUUAAACAA